GCAUCAGCAGCUCACCGAGCAUAUGGCCUCGUGACGUCUUGGAGCAUCUCUCACCGUCGUCGAUAAGACCCUCCAUGCCCCAACUAACCAACCACAGCCAGCCGCCUGCUAUCAGCUGCUUUGACAUGUCCAUGUCCAUAUCCAUGUCUUUCGGUUGCGAUUCUCUCUACCCGAUCAACUCCAUCUAUCGUGUUCGGACAUGUUCCAGGAAAAGGCAGGCCGUUGCGGAUGUGUUGCCGAUGAUCACAUGUGCAUGCCGGCAAGAGACCUUAGUCUCUCCGAUCGAGAGCCAACUCGCUACGCCGCCACCGACUAUUUUCGUCUGUAAGACUCCCGAUAACAGUGCCUUCACAUUGCUUUACAUAAAAGUUUCCUUUUGCCCAAAGGACGUGCCCAGGACGCGAGUAGCGAAAAGGAAUAAGGUGCUAAUCUCGACAAACAAGUCUCGGCAGCGACGCCGAAUGGGGAAUAAGGCCCGCGACAGGUAUCCUCAUGCCGUCGAAGCUUUCUUGACUGCAGAAUCCCAUGUGAAAUAGGAUUUAUGCGGUCAAGAUUUGACUAGCAUCUAGUUAAAGUUCCGUGAGUCCUAGUAGUCUUGCGCUGGCUGCAACUUUCGUGCAAGAGAAAACAAAUUGCGCACUUGGGCGAUAAGCUGGCGACGACAAAGGAC